AAAGUUGUAUACUGAAGAAGAUGAAGAAGAAGUAGAGGUCCCAUAAAGUCAUGAUUUCAAAGUCCAACACCACCACCACCACCACCACCUUCUGGAAAGCUAGCUCAUCUCUCAAGCAACCCUUUCCGGCCAACUUUCAACUUCUCCCUUUCACUCACUUUCCCAUUUUUAUACUCCCCAUCCACACCAUGCUUCCAUUUCAAGCUAUCAUUCAUCCCAUCAAAUGCUCACACUUUCCUCAAUCUCCAUCUCCAUCUCCAUCUCUUCAUUCCUCUCAUGGCUCUUGUGUGAUCUAUGGAGCUCUUGUACAGCUUUUACUAGAGCCAUGGCAAUGGUGUGAGCCUCAUUAAAGUCUCUUCUUUGUCUUUCUAAGGUUUAAAUGGUGGGAAAAGGGGGUGGGUUUAGUAUGGAGGGCUGCUAUGAAGUUGUGGAGAAGAUUGGGAGGGGUUCCUUUGGAUCUGCAUUCCUUGUCAUCCAUAAGGAUGACAAAAAGAGGUAUAUCUUGAAAAAGAUUAAGUUGGCCAAACAGAAUGAAAAAUUUCAGCGUACCGCGUAUCAAGAGAUGGCUUUAAUUGCGAGCCUUUCUAAUCCGUAUGUUGUGGAGUAUAAGGAUGGUUGGGUGGAAAAGGGGACUAGUGUGUCAAUUGUUACUGGUUAUUGUGAAGGAGGAGAUAUGGCUGAGAAGAUAAAGAAAGCCAAAGGAAUCUUAUUUCCAGAGGAGAAGGUCUGCAAAUGGCUGACUCAACUGCUACUGGCAGUCGAUUAUCUGCAUUCCAAUCGCGUGCUCCACCGGGACCUCAAGUGCUCAAACAUAUUCCUUACCAAGGAUGAAGAUAUAAAACUAGGUGAUUUUGGGCUUGCAAAGCUACUGAAUUCAGAAGACCUAGCUUCAUCGGUUGUGGGAACUCCAAUCUACAUGUGCCCUGAGAUAUUAGCAGAUAUACCGUAUGGCUAUAAAUCAGAUAUCUGGUCACUAGGUUGCUGCAUGUUUGAAAUUACGGCACAUCGCCCUGCAUUUAAAGCUCCUGACAUCGCAGGACUGAUCAACAAGAUAAAUAGAUCCUCCAUAUCUCCACUGCCUACCAUAUACUCCCCUUCACUGAAACAAUUGAUCAAAAGUAUGCUAAGAAAAAAUCCAGAACACAGACCAAAUGCUGCUGAACUCUUGAGGCACCCAUACUUACAGCCUUAUCUUGCAAAAUCCUGCAAUCCUUCUUCAUACUAUCUACCCAUAAAGUCAAACAAUGAGAACAAUAAUGAUACACAAGAGAAACUUGCAAAAAGGCGAUCUCAGAGACAACAGGAGGUUGGGAAGAGUAGUAGAGAAUCCAAAGAUAGUGGUUCAAGAACAGAUGCAGCAAAACAAACAGCAGAACAAACACAAACGAAGAUGGACGCAAUGCAACAAGAUAAUUCAUCAAAUGGCAUAACAUAUCCUCACUCCAUUCCGGGUUCAUCAAGUGCUGAAAUCAAGAUGGUUCAUAACAGCAGCUCUGAUGUUUCUAGCAAUACUGAUAAUGGCGGUAAAGACCAAGAACACCUUGGUAGUUCACAACUUCAAGCAACCAAUGAGCAAGGGAGACCCAAGAUUAACAGUGAUGGAGUAAUUUGUGAAUGCAAAUCUAAUGGUCGUCAAUUAGAUGACGAACAAGAAAGAAUUGUAAUGCACUCCUCAGAUGUAAAACUUGACGGUAUGCCAGAAUGCAAGACAUCAGUUAGUGUUGCAGAAGAAAACCGGUUAAAAUUGUUGAUUAGCACUGAUGCUCCCUUGCGGAGAACGAAGACCGAUGGAGAUGAGAUGGCUGUGGCAGUUGCAGAAGAAACAUCAUCAAUGAGCACGGUUACACUUCUUCAUGGAGAUGGCACACAAGCUGAAUGGGAUAGCCUCAGCAUCAUCCAACAAAGGGCUGACGCUCUGGAGUCCCUCCUGGAGCUAUGUGCACAGUUGCUACAACAAGAGAGACUUGAUGAACUUGCUGGUGUAUUAAGACCAUUUGGAGAAGAAACAGUAUCAUCAAGAGAAACUGCAAUAUGGUUAACAAAGAGCCUCAUGUCCACACCAAAAUUCGGAGGGGGAACCAAAAUUCAGUGACCAUCAUAAAUGUUAUUCAUUGCUCUUGUUACAAGCAUUAUUUGAAUUUGAAUGGUGUGGGUUUGUUCGUCUUUGGUUCACAGGCUUAUUAUUAAGAGAUAUUUCUAUCUAUCUAUC